AUGGAGGGCAGGGUGGGCGUGCGGGUGGGCGCCCGUGCACUGGUGCGCUGCCCGGCGCUCCUGCAGCUCCUCAGCCUGGGCCCUGGAAGAGCAGCUUGUCAGGACCACAGAAGUCAGCAAGGAAGCAGACUGAAAAAAGACCUGAGGUAUUAUCUCAACCAGAGGUUUCAGAAAGGCUCGCCGGACCACGACCUGCAGCAGACUAUCAGAGACAACCUCUAUCGCCAUGCUGUGCCUUGCACAACCCGCCCUCCAAGAGAAGGAGAAGUGCCUGGUGUGGACUAUAACUUCCUGACUGUGGAGGAGUUUCUGGAGUUGGAGCGAAGUGGGACCCUUCUGGAAGUAGGAACUUACGAAGGUAACUAUUAUGGAACACCCAAGCCUCCCAGCCAGCCCCUCAGUGGGAAAGUGAAUUCCCCCGAUGCUUUGCAAAACCUGCAGUCUGGCUCCAAGCAGUCGACUCCAAAGAGAACCAAGUCCUACAAUGAUAUGCAAAAUGCUGGCAUAGUGCACCCAGAGAAUGAGGAAGAGGAUGAUGUACCUGAAAUGAGCAGUAGCUUCACAGCAGAGUCUGGUGACCAAGAGGAGCACAACUCACAUAUCGUAAGAGAGACAGCCCCGCCGUCCGUGCUUGAGAGCCACACCAACCUUCCCACCACGGAACCAUCUCAGAGCCUCCCUCAAUACCUACCUCCUUCUGCUGAGGACAACCUAGGUCCUCUGCCGGAAAACUGGGAGAUGGCCUACACUGAGAAUGGAGAAGUCUAUUUUAUAGACCAUAACACAAAAACAACAUCUUGGCUUGAUCCACGGUGCCUGAACAAACAGCAGAAGCCUCUAGAAGAAUGUGAAGAUGAUGAAGGGGUACACACGGAGGAACUGGACAGUGAACUAGAGUUACCUGCUGGUUGGGAGAAAAUUGAGGAUCCCGUAUAUGGUGUCUACUAUGUAGACCACAUCAACCGGAAGACACAAUAUGAAAACCCCGUUCUUGAAGCGAAGAGGAAGAAACAGCUUGAGCAACAGCAACAGCCACCAGAAGGAAAACCUUUUUUUACACGAAACCCUUCUGAGUUGAAAGGGAAGUUCAUCCACACCAAGCUAAGGAAAAGCAGCAGGGGUUUUGGCUUCACCGUCGUUGGAGGGGAUGAACCAGAUGAAUUUCUCCAAAUCAAAAGUUUGGUGCUUGAUGGCCCUGCAGCACUGGAUGGCAAAAUGGAAACAGGGGACGUCAUAGUCAGUGUGAACGACACCUGUGUGCUGGGACACACUCACGCUCAAGUCGUAAAGAUCUUCCAGUCCAUCCCCAUCGGUGCCAGCGUCGACCUGGAGCUGUGCCGCGGGUACCCCCUGCCCUUCGAUCCCGACGACCCCAACACCAGCCUGGUUACCUCCGUGGCCAUUUUGGACAAAGAGCCCAUCAUUGUGAACGGGCAGGAGAAUUACGACUCCCCGGCGAGCCACAGUAGUAAAACAGGGAAAGUCAAUGGCACAAAGGAAGCGAGGCCCAGCAGCCCAGCUGAGGUCUCCUCCGGCGGACCCCACGGUUACCCCAAUGACACCGUCUCUCUGGCGUCUUCGAUAGCGACGCAGCCCGAACUCAUCACUGUGCACAUAGUGAAAGGGCCGAUGGGCUUUGGGUUUACUAUUGCAGACAGUCCUGGUGGGGGUGGCCAGAGAGUGAAACAAAUCGUGGACAGCCCGCGGUGCCGCGGCCUGAAGGAGGGCGAUCUUAUCGUGGAAGUCAACAAGAAGAACGUGCAGAGCCUCACUCACAACCAGGUGGUGGAUAUGCUGAUUGAAUGUCCGAAGGGAAGCGAAGUCACGUUGCUCGUGCAGCGAGGAGGACUGCCGGUCCCAAAGAAGAGCCCAAAGUCGCAACCACUUGAAAGGAAAGACAGCCAAAACAGCUCCCAGCACAGCGUCUCCAGCCACCGCAGCGGGCACACGGCGUCCCCCGCGCACAGCGCGCAGCUCCUGCCGGAAUACACGGCCGCGGAGCCGCCGGCUGCCGAUCAACCCGACGCUGCUGGGCAGAAAAAGCCAGAUCCAUUCAAAAUCUGGGCCCAGUCCAGGAGCAUGUAUGAAAGCCGACAUCCAGAUUACCAAGAGCAGGAUAUCUUUCUAUGGAGAAAGGAAACCGGUUUUGGAUUUAGGAUUCUAGGUGGAAAUGAGCCUGGAGAACCUAUUUACAUCGGUCACAUUGUCCCGCUGGGCGCUGCGGACGCCGACGGCCGCCUGAGGUCGGGCGAUGAGCUGAUCUGCGUGGAUGGGACACCCGUGGUCGGGAAAUCACACCAGCUUGUCGUCCAGCUUAUGCAACAGGCAGCCAAACAAGGUCAUGUCAAUCUGACCGUCAGGCGCAAAGUGGUUUACACAGUUCCCAAGGCAGAGAACGAAGUCCCGUCCCCAGCCUCUUCCCACCACAGCAGCAACCAGCCAGCCUCGCUGACGGAGGAGAAGCGGACCCCUCAGGGCAGCCAGAACUCCCUCAACACGGUCAGCUCGGGCAGCGGCAGCACCAGCGGCAUCGGCAGCGGCGGCGGCGGGGGCAGCGGGGUGGUCAGCGCGGUGCUCCAGCCCUACGACGUGGAGAUUCGCCGCGGGGAGAACGAAGGGUUCGGCUUCGUCAUCGUCUCCUCGGUCAGCAGGCCGGAGGCAGGGACGACCUUUGGUCGGAUAAUUGAAGGGAGUCCCGCCGACCGCUGUGGGAAGCUGAAAGUAGGCGACCGGAUCUUGGCCGUCAACGGGUGCUCCAUCACCAACAAGUCCCACUCAGACAUCGUCAACCUCAUUAAGGAAGCGGGAAACACCGUCACCCUGCGCAUCAUUCCAGGAGAUGAAUCCUCCAAUGCUACUUUAUUGACCAAUGCAGAAAAAAUUGCUACAAUUACAACCACACAUACUCCUCAGCAAAUACCCCAGGAGACCAGCAGGAACAACACCAAACCAAAGCAGGAAUCUCAGUUUGAUUUCAAACCACCCCAAGCAGCCCAGCAGGACCAAGACUUUUACACUGUUGAGCUGGAAAGAGGAGCCAAAGGGUUUGGCUUUAGCCUGCGAGGUGGCCGGGAGUACAACAUGGACCUGUACGUGCUGCGGUUAGCUGAGGAUGGGCCAGCAGAGAGAUGUGGGAAGAUGAGGAUCGGUGAUGAAAUCUUAGAGAUCAAUGGAGAAACUACAAAGAACAUGAAGCACGCUCGGGCCAUCGAACUGAUUAAAAACGGUGGCCGCAGGGUCCGCCUGUUUCUGAAACGUGGAGAUGGCUCUGUCCCAGAAUAUGACCCCAGCAGUGACAGGAACAGUCCCGCCACAGGUUCACAAAAUGUAUCGGAAAUGAAACCCGCACCAUCCGACCGACGGCAGCACCCAUCAUCGGAGUCCAGUUAUCCACCAGACCUUCACAAAUCAUCACAACAUGGGGACAAGCGGACUUACGUUAGAGACCUAAAAGGCAGCAGAGAGUUUAGCAGACAUCCCAACGAACACCACACUUGGAACGGGACUUCUAAAACCAACGACCACGUGCCAGGCAGGAGGACGGAGAGGUCGCCGGAGAAGAGGCGAGAGAGGCAGCUGGAGAGGGCGGUGGUGGUGAACGGGCAGAAGAGGAGGUCUCCCGAAAAGCGGCGGGAAGGGACCAGGAGCGCUGACAACACCUUGGAGAGGCGGGAACGGCACGAGAGGAGGAGAGACCUCUCCCCCGAGAGGCGCAGGGAGCGCUCGCCCAGCCGCCGCCGGCGGUCGCUGGAGAGACUGAUGGAGCCCCGGGGGAGGCGGGAGCCGAGCCGCAGGCCCGAGCAGCAGCAGCAGCGCAGGCGGCCGUACAAGGAGUGCAGCACCGACCUCAGCAUCUGAGGGGUUCCCCCCACCUUCCCCCCGCCACGUGAGCUGAAACCAUCCGGCUUUCGCAGGCGGGGAGACAGCUGGCACCUGCUGAUCCUACAAACCUUUUAUGCAGAUGAAAUCUUAGAACAAACAGAGAAACAAACAAAAACAAAAAAAGUGUUGUGCCUGAUGUAUAAUAUUAAAGAAAGUAUUUUUCAGUGUAUUUUUUUUUUUUUUUUAAUUACUUGCCAAAUGUUGGUCCUAAAGGAUUAUAAAAUUUUGUUUCUACAUUCUUUGUAGAUUUCUUAAAAAUAAUUCCUUUAAUGGGCUACUUCCCCCCCCCUCCCCAAUGUAGUAAAUGGGGGUAGCCAGUAAUAUAAUAUAGGCAAAGGAUUUUAUGACCAAGUUUGAAUAAUUUGAUCCAGACUGUUCUCUAGUGACUCACUGCUACACUGUAUGUAGAACAUUUUUUAAGGGUUGGGGGUGGGGUA